AUGAGAGUCCGAAAGCCUUUUGCCGCGGCCUUCGUGGUCCUGAUCCUUAUAGCAGCUAGCUUGGGCCUGGCGCCAGACCGUCUACCCAAAUACAAGCAGAGCGACAAGGUCUUGCAUUUCGUGACUUUCUUCUUGAUAACAUUCUGCUUCUACUGGAUUAUCGAAACCAAUCGUCGCCGUGUUAUACACUUUACCCUGCUGGCCUGUACGGUUGCUCUAAGCAUUGGCUCCGAAGUUGUCCAAGGCUUGCUACCGAACGGCCGUGAAUUCGACCCAUACGACAUCCUUGCUAACGUUGUUGGCUCCCUACUCGCUUUGCUAGCAUGCAGCUGGUACCACAAACGCAUGCUCGAGAGACGUCGCGCUGCAAGAAAUUACCACAUAGUUCCCGGCGAGGAGGAAGACGUUGAGUUGGGAGAGACUGCUGUCGAUCAAGAAACUGGUGUCAUGUCGGAGCCGCCGAAUGUCACGGAGGAAUUGGACAACUGGGAUGAGAACGCCGAAGACUGGGAG